AUGGCCCCAAAAACAGGAUCAGGCAACAUCACCAAAAGGAGUAAUGAGGAGGGGAGGAUGGAGAACGUCUCUUUACACACACAUUUCGUCCUUGAUGGCUUCAGUGAACUCGGAGUUCUGAGGCCCGUCCUCUUCAUCCCGUUCUUCAUCAUGUUUGUUGUGGCGCUGUCGGCCAACUCCAUGCUGCUGUACGUCGUCAUUUCACAGAGAAGCCUCCACUCACCGAUGUACAUCCUCAUUGCCGGCAUGGCGUGUGUGGACCUGAGCGUCCCACUGGUCAUUGUCCCCAACAUGCUGCUGAGCUUCCUGUUUGACUGGAGGGGAAUCUCUCUGAUUGGCUGCCUGGUUCAGAUGCACUUCAUUCACUUUGUUGCAUCUUUUCAAUCCACAUUGUUGGUGUGGAUGGCACUGGACCGCUACUUCGCCAUCUGUACGCCUCUCUACUAUCAUGAACGCAUGGCGCUACCACGAUUCCUCAAGUUUAUCAUCCCGCUUGUGGUCAGAAAUGUCUUUUUGGUCACACUGUUUGUGUGUCUGGCAGGAUCGUUGUCAUUUUGCGCUUCAAAUGUAAUGAACCACUGUUUCUGUGAGCACAUGGCCUUAGUGGAGCUGGCCUGUGGAAGCACCGCCAUCAACAACCUGGCUGGUUUACUGACCAUAUUUCUCAACCCUGUGGCCGACUUUGUCUUUAUCGCAGCUUCCUAUGUGGUCAUAUUCAGCUCUGUGCUCAAGUCCAACAGGUCUGGGGUCAAAGCACUUCACACCUGCAUCACCCACAUCGUGGUCAUCACCGUCAGCCUUACCAUUGCACUUGUUGCUUUCCUGUCUUAUCGUAUCAGAAAUGGACUUCCUGCCGCCAUUCGGGUUUUCUUUAGUACCAUGUACGUGUUGUUCCCGAGCUGUUUCAACCCGAUCAUCUACGGCAUCAGAACUGCAGAGAUCCGACAGCACAUCCUGAAGACCCUGACGUGCUGUCGUUUUGUCCAAACUGUUCCCCAUUCUUAA